AUGUCUCCCGCUCCACCCAAAACCCUCUCCACGGUCCGCGCCUUCGACGGCGUCCUCCACAGGUUCCAACACGACUCCGGUGUCCUUAAAUCCUCUACGGUUUUCUCCGUGUACGUCCCGGACACAGACGAUCAACAACUGCCAGUCAUCUAUUACCUCAGUGGACUCACGUGCACCGAUGAGAACUGCGCGCAGAAAGGGUGCGCGUUCGGUCCGUUGCGCGAGCGCGGCGUCGCGAUGGUGUUCCCGGACACGUCACCGCGCGGGGAGGGGACGCCGGACGACGCUGCGUACGACAUGGGCCAAGGCGCGGGGUUCUACGUAGAUGCCACCGAAGGCGUUUGGGCAGAGCGGUUUCAAAUGUAUAGUUACAUCGUCGAUGAGCUCCCGGAAACGCUGAAAGCGUGUGGGCUACCGCUCAAUUUAAACGCUUGCUCGAUCACGGGGCACUCCAUGGGUGGACAUGGGGCGCUUACGAUCGCUUUGAGGAACCCGGGACGGUUCGCCUCGGUUUCAGCCUUUGCUCCUAUCGCGAAUCCAACAGCAGAGGAUUGUCCGUGGGGACAGAAGACGCUAGGGGCGUACUUGGGGAGCGCGUCGUCGGAUAAAGCGAAAUUACACGACGCGACGGAGCUCGUUAAGUCGUGUGAGGGGUUCUCGGCGCCGAUUUUGAUCGAUCAAGGGGCGUCGGAUAAUUUUUACAAGACGCAGCUCCAUCCCGAGCGCUUCGUCGACGCCGCCAAGGCGAAGGGAUUGGAUGUUACGUAUCGCUUACACGAGGGGUACGAUCACUCGUAUUUCUUUGUCUCCACGUUCAUGCGCGAUCACAUCGAGUUUCACGCUCGUGCGCUUAAAAAGUGA